GUGAAGAGCUUGCACGAAAUGCCCGGACCCAACACCCUCUACAACCUCUACGAGUUCUUCUGGAAGGACGGCUUCGGCCGCAUUCAUGAGAUCCAGGUACGGCUUAGUUGGUUCUUUAGGGCUUUAUUCUCGCCGGAUUACCGAACCUUUCCUUCUCUCCCUUCACAAAACAUUGCCUAAUCACCGCGUUCCCGCUGUUAUGAAAGAGCCGAGGCUGGGAGGUCCCCAUUCGGUUUCCGUGUCCCUCAGCUCUCGACGGUUUAGCACUUUUGUUUCGGGUUGUGCGGGCAUCGCCUUCGGGAGUUCCCCCGGUACGUGUGGGGCGACCGCUUCGCCGCACCCCCAGGUUUUCAGCUCUCCCGUUCUCACGUUUGCACUUUUUGGGGCUUUUAGGCGCGUGCCAUAGGCUCUCAGGGGAAAACGAACCCGCUUUUGAGCUGGGUUGCCUCAAAGCCUUGUCUCGCACGCUUAUUUUUGGUGGCGGAGCUGGGAAACGCGGCUCUUCCUCCAGCCUGGAGGUGAGGCCGUGCCACGGCUGACCUCAGCCCUCGGAGGCUUUCUGCCCAUCCUUCACCUCAGCCCGGCAUCACCCUGCUGUGCCCAGGCACCAUUUUGCUUCCCCACCCCUCGCUUCUACCCUGGCCUCUCCUUACGUAAAUAUACUUCGGUUUAUAUAGGUCCUCUGAGGGGGCGGUGGAUGCGCCUGGCCCCCAGCAGCUGCGGCCGGGCCGCCCGCAGGGCCCUCCCCUCAGCGGGAGGCGGGCGGUUUGAACCCUUUCCCCUGGAGGGGCCGUGGAGGGGGGACCAACGGUCGCGGCUCGCGCUGCCCAACCCCUGCCCGCGCCCCCUCCUCUGGCGGCCCCAGCGGCGCGCGCGGGCGGGGAGGCGGGAAGCGGGGCGUGAUGGCGGCGGGAGCUGCCUGAGGGACGGAGGGAGAGAAGGAGACCCUCGGGUCCUCCUCAGAGAGCGGGGCCUCUGUCACCCGGAGUGGGGGUUGGAGGGUAGGGGCGGAGAGCAAAAACACACUCAGGAAUAUGGAAAGAUCUUCAAGUCUCACUUUGGUCCCCAGUUUGUUGUAUCCAUUGCAGAUCGAGAAAUGGUUGCUCAAGUGCUCCGGUCAGAAGGCAGAGCACCACAGAGAGCUAACAUGGAAUCGUGGCAGGAAUACAGAGACUUAAGAGGAAGAUCUACAGGACUUAUUUCAGCAGAGGGGGAACAGUGGCUAAAAAUGAGAAGUGUACUGAGGCAAAAAAUUCUGAAACCCAAAGAUGUGGCUGUUUACUCUGGAAGAGUCAAUGAAGUUAUCACAGAUUUAAUUAAAAGAAUCUACACCCUCAGAAGUCAAGAGGAAGAUGGGGAAACAGUGACCAAUGUUAAUAAUCUUUUCUUCAAGUACUCAAUGGAAGGUGUGGCUACUAUUCUGUAUGAAUGCCGGUUGGGCUGCCUGGAAAACAACGUCCCACAACAGACUGUUGAAUAUAUUGAGGCUCUGGAGUUGAUGUUUAGUAUGUUUAAGACCACUAUGUACGCAGGUGCUAUUCCCAGAUGGCUUCGUCCAUUUAUUCCAAAACCCUGGAGAGAGUUCUGCAGAUCCUGGGAUGGACUCUUCAAAUUUAGUCAAAUCCAUGUUGACAACAAACUGAAGUCUAUUCAGUCUCAGCUGGACCAAGGAGAAGAAGUGAAUGGUGGGCUACUUACAUACCUUCUAGUGAGUAAGGAGCUUACUUUGGAGGAGAUUUAUGCCAAUAUGACUGAGAUGCUCCUGGCAGGAGUGGACACAACUUCUUUUACUUUGUCCUGGGCAACAUAUAUGUUGGCAAAGCACCCUGAGGUUCAACAACGUGUUUAUGAGGAAAUAAUCAAUAAGCUGGGGAAAGACCAAGCUCCUGUUGCUCAUGAUGUGCCCAAACUGCCUUUGAUAAGAGCUGUGCUGAAGGAAACUCUGAGGUUAUAUCCAGUAUUGCCAGGAAAUGGAAGAGUGACCCAGAAAGACUUGAUUGUUGGAGGAUACUUGAUACCCAAAGGGACACAGCUGGCACUCUGUCAUUAUACCACUUCAUACAGCGAAGAAAAUUUUCCAAUGGCAAAUGAGUUCCGACCUGAGCGCUGGCUGCGGAAAGAUAAUUUGGACAGGGUAGACAAUUUUGGUUCCAUCCCCUUUGGUUAUGGCAUUCGAAGUUGUAUUGGAAAAAGAGUUGCAGAACUGGAAAUUCAUCUUGCACUGAUUCAGUUGCUUCAGAAUUUUGAGAUUAAAAUUUCUCCCAAAACGGAAACAGUUCAUGCCAAAACCCAUGGACUUUUGACUCCUGGAGGCUCCAUCAAUGUGAGAUUUUCUGACAGAAAGUGAGACUGAGAUAUCUUGGAAAUACUUGUGUGAUUUUCAGGGGAACAGGCUUGCGUCUUAUGGAUGUUUGAUCAUACGUGUUCUCUGGUUUGUAGUUUCUUCGCCAAAUGAUCAAGUAUUAUGUUCUGCCUUAUACCUAGCAGCACAUAACAAAAGUUACCUCUCCUGUAAUUGAUAAUUACACAUUUGAAGAUACUUGCUAAAGCAGUUCCUUGUUGCACUGGGAUUCUCCUACUUGUAUUUCAAGUUGUAGCAACACAUUCUUUGGGAAAAAAAAAAAAAAAAAAAAA